AUGUCGCGCGAGAAACGGCCAGCCUCCGCCUCCUUCGGGACCAGCCAGCUAGUCAAGAGACAGAAGUCCGAAGCCAACCUGAACGAUGGCACAGUCGCGCGAGUCAACGGCAGCGCAGGCGGUGCGCUCGUCAAAGGGGCACACAGCAAUGCGGCACUACAGGCGCAAGUCAUGGAGUUGAGCGGCCACUCCGCUGAAGUCUUCUGCGCUCGCUUCGAUCCCACUGGCGCACACAUCGCAUCGGGCGGUAUGGACCGCAACAUCCUCCUAUGGAACGCGACGGGCGAUUGCGCGAAUUAUGGCAUCCUCACGGGCCACAAAUCCGCCGUGCUCGAUCUGCAGUGGUCGCGCGACAGCCAGGUCAUCUACUCCGCCAGCGCAGACCAGCACCUCGCGAGCUGGAAUGUAGAAACCGGGGAGCGCAUCAGACGCUACGUGGGCCAUGAAGAGGUGAUCAAUUGUCUGGAUGUGAGUAAGAGAGGGGAGGAGUUUCUCGUGUCCGGCAGCGAUGAUGGAAGCAUAAGCGUGUGGGACCCGAGACAGAAGGCUGCAAUCGACUACAUUGAAACCGACAUGCCAGUCACGGCAGUGAGUCUGGCGGAAGCAGGAAACGAGCUGUAUUCUGGUGGCAUCGACAACGACAUCAAAGUCUGGGAUCUGCGGAUGAAGAAGACUACAUACACGCUACCUGGCCACACCGACACCGUCACAUCACUCGCGGUUUCGCCGGAUUCGCAAUCUCUGCUCUCCUUUUCGCUCGACAACACGGCGCGGACGUGGGACGUUCGACCCUUUGCUCCUCAGGACCGUCAAAUCCGAGUUUUCGAUGGCGCGCAAGUAGGCCUGGAACAGAAUCUGAUUCGGGCUUCGUGGGAUGCGGAAGGCAAGCGCAUUGCGGCUGGAGGAGGAGACGGGACGGUGACGGUAUGGGAGAGCAACGGCGGAAAGAUGCUGCAUAAGCUGCCAGGCCACAAAGGAACCGUGAACGACGCUCGCAUCUCGCCGGACGGCUCGUUGAUUUUGACCGCCAGCACCGACCGGACCAUGCUCCUUGGUGCCCUCCCACGAUGA